AUGACCUCUCUACCAGAUAUCCGUCUCUACACGUGGCUCACCUGCAAUGGCAUCAAGAUUUCUGUAGCCUUGGAGGAGCUGGGCCUCCCCUACAAGGUCACAGAGGUUGAUAUUGGAAGUGGUAAGCAGAAGGAAGCCUGGUUUACCGAUAUCAAUCCCAAUGGCCGCAUUCCCGCCAUCACAGACGGUAAUAAGCGCAUCUUUGAGAGCGGUGCUAUCCUGUUAUACCUAGCGGACAGGUACGACAGCGACAACAAGUUCAGCUACGCUCCCGGAACUCCCGAGUACUAUGAGCAGCUGAGCUGGAUCAUGUUCCAAAUGGGGGGCGUGGGACCGAUGCAAGGCCAAGCCAACCACUUCCGCCUCUUCGCCAGCGAGUAUUCGCAAUACAGCAUUGACCGUUACAUGGAGGAGACGAAGCGCCUUUAUGGGGUGCUCAACAGGCGGCUCACACAGUCCGCAUGGCUGGCCGGCGAUAAGUACACCAUUGCCGACAUUUGUAACUAUGGCUGGGUCAGGUAUGCGCCUCUCGCGCUGCGGCUGGACCUGGACGAAUUUCCGGCGCUGAAGAAGUGGCACGAUGCCAUUGCCGAGCGCGAGGCUGUCCGGAAGGGCGUAAAUGUCCCCCGCGCGAGCUCUGACCAGGAGCUCAUGCAGAGGUACCGGCUCUUGGAACAAAAGACGCUCGCGCGUAAGAUACAUAAGUAG